AUGGAGUUGCCGUCGCCGCCGUCCCCCGCCGGAAGAAGUCUCCAGAGCCUUCUAGACGAAGAGCGCCGGAGCAGCGCCACCGUAUUACAGCUGCCGAGAAAAUCCUCAUUCCAAAACAACGACGACGGCGACGACGACGACGACAUUAAUUAUUCCCAACUCUCCUCCCCCAAGACCUCCUGCGUCUCCGCCGCCUCCUUCCCGCUUGUCCGCGCCGCCGUCUGUCCCGACUCCCCCUGGAUACGCUCCCCAGUUAGGGAUUCCUCCGCCGCCCACCAGCUGACGUAUCACUGCCUCGCCUCAUUAUACCGCGGCGACGGCAGCGUUUAUUCCCUCGCCGUCGCCAAAAAUUUUGUCGUUACAGGAUCUUCGAGCACCAGAAUCCAUGCCUGGAAUCCGACAGAUCUCGCCGACAUGGGAUGCGCCGAAUCUUCCGCCGCCCAAAUCCGCUCCAUUUUGGCGGCCGGGAAUCUCCUCGUCUCCGUCCACGCCGACUUCCGAAUCCGCCUCUGGAACAUCGCCGGAUCCUCGCCGCCGGCGGGCGACAAAUUCCGGCUGAAGAAACUCACGACGCUGCCGCGGAAGCGGCGGUUCUUCAGCCGGAAAAAAAUUCCGGCGCACAAAGACCGCAUCUCCGCCGUCGCGAUCAACGCCGCCGACAUGCUCGUCUACACGGCGUCGUGGGAUCAGACCGUUAAGGUCUGGAGCAUUACGAAAAACCGCUGCGUUGACUCCUUCGCGGCCCACGACGCGCAGGUCAACGCCGUCGUCGUGAACCAAAUCGACGGCUGCGUCUUCACCUGCUCGUCGGACGGGACGGUCAAGAUAUGGCGACGCGUGUGUAAGGACGACAGCUGUCACAUUCUUACGGUGACGCUGAAAUUCCAGCCGUCGCCGGUCAACGCGCUGGCCCUGAGCGUCGGCGCGAGCCGGCGCCGAGCCGAGCCGUCGUGUUUUCUGUACUCCGGGUCCUCCGACGGGCUGAUCAAUUUCUGGACGAAGGAGGGGGCGUCGGGGAGGUACAACCACGGCGGGUUUCUGCAGGGGCAUCAUUUCGCGGUGCUUUGUCUGGCGGCGCCGGCGGCGGCGCCGGAGAUGAUCGUGAGCGGCUCGGAGGAUGCGACGGUGAGGGUGUGGCGGCGGGAGGAGGCGAGCGGGUUGCAUUCUUGUUUGGUUGUGAUUGAUGGGCAUCACGGGCCUGUCACGUGCCUGGCGGCGGUUCUAGAAGGUAAUGGAACCUCGGAGUCCUCGAAGAUGGGGCUGUUGGUUUACAGUGCGAGUUUGGAUAAAACGCUUAAGGUUUGGAGAGUGAAGGUUUUUGGUGUUGACGAUGAAAGAGCAAAGGGCAAAAAAUUACAAGAAGAUGAGGCUGAUACUAUUAAUAAUAAUAAUAAUAAUAAUAAUGAUGUGUGCAAAAUGAGCCCUGUUUUGUCGCCUUCGUGGGUUCGAAAGAAGAUUCACGGCAGUCAUUACUAA